CCGCGUACCGGGGGAAAGCUGGGGCUUUUAGUCACAAUGAGACGAAGCUCAAGUAUUGCCGGAAGCAGUGGUCGGCAAUCUAUGAUGGCACUGAGAGUGCAGGACAACAACAAGAUGGGUCUUCAAACACCUCAGACGAAGGACAGAGGUACGUUUGGGAAGCUGAGCAUGAGCAAACCUACACCUGGAACUUCGGAAAGAAAAGUCAGCUUUUUUGGGAAGAGAACUAGUGGGGCUGGAGGUUCACGCAACAGUCAGUACGGUGUGUUUGGUACAGAAAAGAUCAAGGAUCCCAGGCCACUUCAUGACAAGGCAUUCAUCCAACAAUGUAUCAAGCAGCUUUGUGAGUUUCUUGUUGAGAAUGGUUACGCCCAUAAUGUUUCCAUGAAAUCACUACAGUCUCCAUCAGUUAAGGACUUUUUAAAAAUCUUCACUUUUAUCUAUGGAUUUCUCUGCCCUUCUUAUGAACUGCCUGACUCAAAAUUUGAAGAGGAAAUUCCCAGAGUUUUUAAAGAGCUUGGAUACCCCUUUCCUUUGUCAAAAAGCUCCAUGUACACAGUGGGAGCACCACACACGUGGCCUCAGAUCGUGACAGCUUUGGUGUGGUUAAUUGAUUGUGUCAAGUUGUAUGCUGCCAUGAGGGAAAAUGCACCAUCGUUUGAUGAUGGACAGAGCUGGGGAGGAGAGACGGAUGAUGGAAUUGUACAUAAUAAGCUUUUCAUGGACUACUCUGUGAAGUGCUAUGAGCUCUUCAUGAAAGGGAGAGAUACUUUUGAAGAAUUGGAUGCAGAAGUGCAGUCAAAAUUAAAGGAUUUAUUUAAUAUAGAUGAAUUCCAGAUAGAAGGUUUAGCAGCUGACAACAAAAGACUUCAUGAAGAGAUUGCAAGACUAGAAAAAGAAAAGGAAAGCGAGCCGGAUCGUAGAGUAUCACUACGAAACCUGAAAUCGUCUCUUCAAGCAGAUGUCCAGAAAUACCAGGCUUAUUUGGCUAAUCUGGAAUCUCAUAUAGCUAUCCUUGAUCAAAAAAUGGAAGGUGUUAAUGAGGAAGUUGAGACAGCAGAAAUGGAAGUAGAAGCAAUGAAGCAGGAGAAUGCCCGGCUCCAGCACAUCUUUGAUAACCAAAAGUACUCAGUUGCGGACAUUGAGAGAAUAAAUCAUGAGAGAAAUGAGUUGCAGCAAACCAUUAACAAGCUCACUAAGGAAGUGGAAGCAGAAGAACAUCAGCUGUGGAAUGAAGAGCUAAAAUAUGCCAGGAAUAAAGAAGCGAUCGAAAUGCAACUGGCAGAGUAUCAUAAACUGGCUCGAAAGCUGAAAUUAAUUCCAGUAAGUGCUGAGAAUUCCAAAGGCCACGACUUUGAGAUUCAGUUUAAUCCUGAGGCAGGACCAAAUUGCCUAGUCAAAUACAGGACUCAGAUCAAGGCUCCCCUUAUGGAGAUCAUAAACCAGACUGAGGAAGAAAUUAGGAAAGCUACUCAAAGGAAAAUGACUUUGGAAGAUACUUUGGAACAGGUGAAUGUAAUGGUAGUGGACAAGAAAAGCAGUGUGAAAAUGCUGAAAGAAGAAGCUGAAAAGCUGGAUGAUCUUUACCAUCAGAAGCUUAAGGAGGCAGAAGAAGAGGAGCAAAAAUGUGCAAAUGAACUGGAAUUGUUAGAGAAGCAUAAACAAUUACUUGAGAGUGGUGUCAAUGAAGGUCUCAGUGAAGCCACAAAUGAAUUGCAUGAUCUUCAACGACAAUAUCAAGUUGUUAUGCAAACAACAACAGAAGAGACCAGGAAAGCUGGUGAUAACUUAAAUCGUCUUUUAGAAGUGAUUGCUACUCAUGUAGUAUCUAUAGAGAAAUAUCUUGAUGAACAGAACGCGAAAAUUGACAGGGACUAUGAAGAAUUCAUGUCUGAAGAUCUAUUGUCAACGUUGACCAGAAUUCUAGACAGUUAUAAAAAGAAGGCUGAAAGUCUUUAAUUACCAAAAAGGUGAAGAUGAAAAUUUUAUGUUUCUGAAGCUCUGGUAUGGUGCCUUCUAAAAGGAUGGGUACUUCCUGUGUUUAGCAGUGAAACUGGUUUUGAGUGUAAGGAAACAUUUAUGAACUUCCUUUUAUUGACACAAUUACAUUAAAGAAUUAAAAAAUAUAUUUGCCUUUUCUUAAAGGCUUUGCUUACACUUCCUCCUUGCAAUAUAUUAUACACUAUUACAAACAUCUGUGACAAGACAACUGUGGAACAACUUAAUUUCAUUUUUUCUUUAUAAUCAAAUCAUUUGUGCUCUUCUAGGAACAUUAGUAAGACAAGAGUACAGUUAACCUGUUAAAAUAACAAGCCAGAGUGGACUUAAAGAUGGAACUGCAAGUGACAGCACAAAUGCAGAGGGUACUGACAACUUGAAAUACUGCUACCUAAAAAUAACUAGUGGUUUUUGUAAACUUGUAAGAUUGCUAACUGAGAAAAGAGUUAUGCUUUCCUUUCUGGAGUAUAGUUUGUGCAUUUCAUAAUAUAUGUAUGUAUUUAGCACACAUGCAUGACAGUGCGCAUCCUUCCCCAAGCCUUUCUUUUAGUAGCAAGACCAAAUGUAAACGUCUUCCAGUCUCCUGCUUGUUCAGUUAUCUAUGAAACUGCCCAGACACCCCUCUUACAUGAGUAAGAUUUUUUUUUUUAACAAAAAACUCUUUGAAAAGAUCAGUAGUAGUUAUACAGUAGUCUUGUAAAUAGCCUAGAGAAAGAAAGUCAGUUUGAAAACAAAGUUCUGUCUCUAACUGCUCAUAGUCCCAGAUGAAGCCUCACUGUACUUCUGAAUAUGUAUACCGGAGAGAGCUCUCUGGUAUACAGAGUAAGUAGGACAACAUAUGAAUUCUGGCAAUAUAGCUAAUCAGUUGUAGAUAUGGCUAAUGUUGGAUACAUCAAAAUUGUCUAAAAUGAGUCUGCAUUCUUGUUAGACCAGUAGGACAGACUCUAUUUGAUUUUUCUUCCUCAGGAAAGUAGCAGUAAAAUUAGUGUAUGGGGAGCUCCAGUCCAAAUACAUUGAAGAAAAUGUAACCCCAUCUCUUGAACAUGUACUUCUUUGUUCAGUGCUAUGUGGAAGUAGUAUCUUAUCUACGCUGUAUAUACCUUUGUGUUUAAAAAAAAAAAAUUUUAAAAAAAUCAGCAUUUAUGUCUUGGAUAGUUUAGUUUAUGAUGGUAUUUCCUAAUAAAAGUAUUGAAGUAUUUGAGUG